AGUACUUGCCAGUCGAGCGGAGUCCACUCGUCUGCUAGGACUGGAACGUGACAUCUCGACAUAGCGUACAGUUUUCGCGAGUAAUAAGUUGCGGUGUGCUACAAACAAAAUAAAUGACAUCCAGAUAGUACAUUCCAUAUCAUUGCGCACUGUGAUACAAGAUGGCGGGCAGUGCGAAAGCGAGUGUAGCUCGCAUUUUCCUUUUGCUGACCUUUCUGGGCGCCACACGCUCACAGUCGCUCUCCAACCCCACGUAUAAUCCAGAUGAAGUUUCUACAAACUUAGGCGAAGUCGAGUCCAGGGAAAACGGACCAGAUCUGGAGUUCCGUUAUCACGACCAUGAUCAGAUGACCAGAUAUUUACGGUCUGUGUCUGCGAGGUAUCCGGCCCUGACGGCGCUCUAUUCCGUCGGGAAAUCUGUACAAGGUCGAGAUCUCUGGGUGAUGGUGGUAUCGGCAUCGCCUUACGAGCACAUGAUCGGCAAGCCCGAUGUCAAGUACGUGGGCAACAUUCACGGAAACGAAGCCGUCGGUCGCGAACUACUUCUGCACCUCAUACAAUAUCUUGUGACGUCAUAUGACACCGAUCCUUACAUAAAAUGGUUGCUGGACAACACAAGGAUCCACUUGAUGCCCUCGAUGAACCCGGAUGGUUUCGCCAUCUCCAAGGAAGGACAAUGUGACAACACAUACGGCAGACACAACGCUCGGCGUUAUGACUUGAACAGGAACUUCCCUGACUUCUUCAAGGCGAACACGAAGCAGCCACAGCCGGAGACCGAGGCCAUCAAGGAAUGGAUCAGCAAGAUUCAGUUCGUGCUGUCUGGCUCCCUGCACGGCGGCGCUCUCGUCGCCUCGUACCCCUUCGACAACACGCCCAGUGCCAGAAUAUGCAGAUCAUCAGUACUCUGCUCCGUGUUCCAGAGCUACGCGCACACUCCGUCGAUAGCGCCUGAUGAUGACGUGUUCCGUCACCUGUCGCUGGUGUACUCCAACAACCACGCCAAGAUGUCCCGCGGCGUCUCUUGCAAGUCAGGCUCGCCUAGAUUCGAGAAGGGCAUCACUAAUGGGGCGGCUUGGUACCCUCUCACAGGUGGUAUGCAAGACUACAACUACCUGUGGCACGGAUGUAUGGAGAUCACGUUAGAGAUAUCCUGCUGCAAGUACCCCCCGGCGCAUGAACUAGCCAAGUAUUGGCAAGAUAAUAAACAGUCGCUUAUAAAAUACUUGGCUGAAGCUCACCGCGGUGCUCAUGGCUUCGUGAUGGACGAGAACGGCAACCCUGUGGAGCGCGCCAGCGUCAAAGUGAAGGGCCGUGACGUCACAUACCACACCACCAAAUACGGAGAGUUCUGGCGUAUACUGCUUCCCGGGACCUACAGGAUUGACGUUUCAGCAGAGGGUUAUUUGCCCCAAGAAGUUGAGUUCAUUGUCAUAGAUAGCCAUCCAACGCUAUUGAACGUUACUUUACAUUCCGCGAAGCGCAUAGACGGCGGGCCUUACUACCGGCCGGUGGCGUUACCGCCGCGCCCACUCUCUCCGCCCGCCUCGCCCGGUAUCUUCGCAUCACUCACCAACUCGUUCAACAGUAUUGUCUCUAACAUCUUCGGAUAAAGAAGCUAUUAAAAGCCUGUGUUCGAUAUACAAACGUUGACUGAUACAACUGUACAAUCGGAAUACUCAUUAAUACUAUCUAAUACAGGGAUAUACCACGUGUUCACAACUCUCGAUAAAUGCUGUAGGUACCUAAAGCUAUAGUAUUAGAAAUAUUUAAUAUUUAUAAGUAAGAAUAAACCCGUACUGAGAUAAUAAUUAAAAAGAAACAAUUAAGAAUCUCUUAAGUAGGCAUUUUCAGCUGCAUUAUCUAGGUAUGACUGUAACUUGCUUAUUUAGCAUCACAUAGAUACUAUAGAAAGCUCUACGAGCGUGUUUUGUUUAAUGAACGUUAAAGUACGGCGCGAUCUGCCCCACCUUCAAGUUGGAAUUAAGAAUAAGUUCUGCAUUUAUUAAAAUAUGUUAAGAAAAAAGUAUACUCAAUCCUUAGCAAAUCAGGAAAUAAAUUCAUACAUAAUCAAAUAGUGCUCAACCCCAAAAAGCAACGAUCUCUUACAAAAAGAUCAUAUUAUAUUUAAUUUAGAUAUAAGUUGUAAAUAUAAAGUAGUGAUAAGAUUAGAUGUUUAGGUUAAAUAAAAACUAAUUUAUUGAUUA